CCAAACAAGGACGCACACCAUGCAAAAAGAUGCCUUCAAUCUUGGCAAAUUUAGAAGGGAACCGAAGUUUCUACAUUUUCAUAAGCCACCGACCAACUUCAACAACCACCACCAACCCCAGAAAGAAAGAAGCUUCCACCGAAGCUUCAAGAACGACCGAAUGACCCACAGACCCCACCUUCUUCCUCAAUCCUCAUCCUCUUCCAGUUCUCUCUAAAUUUACAUAAUCCCCACCUCCCAAAGCCAAGCCAAAAGUCCAACCCAUCAUUCAUAAAUCACACCUCUAAUCUCUUCUGGCCCUUUUGUUUCGUUCAGGCAUUUUCACAAACAUCUCAAUGGCCGCAGAGGACGGCGCGGUCACAAUCUACAGCGGCAGCGCAAUCACCGACGCCAAGAAGAACCCAUAUUCUCUCAAGGUCGGCCUAGGCCAGAUGCUCCGAGGCGGCGCCAUUUUUGAGGUCACCACAGCCGACCAAGCCAAGCUCGCCGAGGACGCCGGCGCUUGCUCCAUCAUCGUCUCUGAUCCACCCCGCGCCCAAGGCAUUUCGCGCAUGUCUGACCCAGCUCUCGUCAAGGACAUCAAACGCGCAGUUUCGAUCCCCGUCAUGGCACGAUCCCGGGUCGGCCAUUUCGUCGAGGCCCAGGUCCUCGAAGCCAUCGGCGUCGAUUACAUCGACGAGAGCGAGUAUCUGGCGAUAGCAGACGAGGACCAUUUCAUAAACAAGCACAAUUUCCAGACCCCCUUCGUCUGCGGAGCCCAAACCCUCGGAGACGCGUUGAGGAGAGUGAGAGAAGGCGCGGCGAUCGUAAGAACCCAGGGGGAUCUAUCUGGGUCUGGAAAUGUAGCCAUGGCUGUAAAAAACGUGAGAUCUGUAAUGGGUCAGAUAAGGCUGCUCAACAACAUGGACGACGACGAAGUCUUCGCGUUUUCGAAGGAAAUUCAAGCGCCGUACGACCUCGUUGCCCAGACCAAGCAAAUGGGUCGGCUUCCGGUAGUGCAAUUCGCCUCCGGCGGCAUUGUGACGCCGGCUGACGCGGCGUUGAUGAUGCAAUUGGGGUGCGACGGAGUCUUUGUCGGGUCGAAUGUUUUCAACUGUUCGGAUCCGUACAAGCGGGUGAGGGGCAUUGUUGAGGCGGUUAGGAACUACAAUGAUCCGCAUGUGCUGGUGGAGACGAGUUCUGGAUUGUCGGGUCUGAUGGCGGGUUUGGAUCUCGGUGAGGACAGGAUCGAACACUUUGGUCGCGGCCAUGGAGGUGUUUGAUUAGGAAACAUAAUCAUGUAUGAAGUAUAGAGGUUAUACUUGGAUCUGUCUCUUUGUUGUGACUUUGUUAGCUUAACAUGUUGUAUUAUUGAGGCCAAUUUUGUUAAAAUGCAGAUAUGAGAAUGGAGAAUAAUUUGUUGUCCCGCUCUGUGAUGAUGAUUAGGGUUAAAUGGUGUACUUAUUGGAGAUGUUAAUGAGAAUAAGUUUGUUAA